UUCUACCUGUCUGUCGUCUUUCACUGACGAGCUGUCGUAUAAUGAGGAAAAUACUGGAUAAUUACAGAAAUACUGUUGUUUUUAUUUAAAAAUUGAAAAGCUGUUCUUAAACAAUGGAUAAAUGUGGAAUCUGCUUGAAUUCUGCAGACCAACUAUUUGAGACUGGAAAGGAUGGGGUCUAUGCUUGUUUCAAAUGUCAACCCCUAGUUCCCGAAGUUACAAUAGGUGACAACAAUCAAGAAGAUUCAGAUGAACAGUUGCAGUCUUCAUUUAAAGAUGAAGACUUACAGGAGUCUGAGUCUGGGCUGUACUGUGAAAUCUGCAACAAAUAUUUUAACAAGAGCAUGCAGUUGCAGAAUCAUAUGCGCAACCACCGUGCCGAGAGACGCUUUGUGUGCACCUACUGCAAUAAAGCCUUUUCACAAUCCAAUAACUUGCGAGCGCAUCUUCGGAUUCACACCAAUGAGCGACCAUACAAAUGUCAAGAGUGUGGAAAAGCUUUUACCCAGGUCACAAACUUAAAUAAUCAUGUACGUCUCCAUACUGGUGAGAGGCCUUUCGUAUGUCCUGAGCCUGGUUGUGAUAAAGCCUAUGCACAGGUGACGAAUCUUAACCAGCAUCGUAAAAGGCAUAUAAGCGGACGACCUAUGGAGCCUAAUUACGACUGUACUGUCUGUGGUGAACGCUUCACUCAGAGAAACCAUAUGUAUAUGCACAGACGAGAGGCGCACCAUAUCAAGAGUCCAGUACGGAGUGUGCAAAAGUACUCGUGCAAGUUGUGUUCCGCGACGCUUCCCAGUGAAAAACACUUGCAAGAGCACGUGGCUCAGCAUACGGUCAAAGAGAAGCCGCAACCCGAAGAGCAUAACUGGGGCGUUUCGUGCGUUUUCUCGUCGUGCGGCGUGCGGUUGUCGUCGCCGCGCGCGCACACUGAGCACUUGUUACGCGCGCACCAGCUGCGUGUGCUCGCAAACUCGCACGCACAGCAGCAUCCGCCGCGACGCGGCCGACCGCCCAAGAUUUUAAAAGAUCCUUUAGACAUCAGCGACCACCAAGAAUAUGAUGAAGUAAAAAUAAUUAAAGAAGAACCACAAUAUUUGCCCAAGUUAAAAGUGCAGAGUCUGUUUCAGUGAUAAAAGCUAUAUAAUGCUGACAUUAAAUGACAGAAUAACAAUUUUAUCAUAAUUUCCAUAAUUUCACAAUAGCUUAGAAACAAAAUGAAGAACCACUUUAUUGACGUACAUAAAUGAAUAUCAAUUCGAUAAUUGUGUAUUAAGUUACAUUUAAGAAUAUUCAAGAGAUCUAUAGAUAAAAAAUAGUUAAUUUUAAGUAAAA